GCGCGGGGCCUGGGUCGGGCUUGCUUUUGGGAGUAGCUGUCUGUAGAGGUUGUUGAGUGCAACUCGAAAUCCCCUCCAUUUUCUUCGAGAUUUGCAACGCAUUUCAGCCAGAAAUACUUCCACGGACUCACACGUUCUGCUAUACCGCCAGGAGACGGCUCUGAAGAGUCAUUUUGGUGUGUAGACCGUCGGAGACCACACAGAUUUUAGGCAGAACGUUCAUUCUUUGGUGCAGUCGCUACGAACAUGGCUUGGGUAAAGCAGAAGGAAAAAGUCAACUUGGGAGAGUUCGAGGAUAUAAAUGAAGAUGAGAUUGUCGAGGGUCUAACCGAGGAGGAACUCAAACAGUUGAACUUGGCCAUAGAUCCAGAGAAUCAAUACCUUCCAGCUUAUAUGAGGCAAGAGGACCAAACUGAUAAAGUCCAGACAACUCCAUUUGACCGUGAGAAGCUUUUAAAGCAUUUAGAGGAACAAGCCAAAAAUGACAAAGAGCGUGAGGAAGCUGUCCCAUUCAAGAAGGAAACUCGAGGCAAAGUGUUUGUCAAGAAAGAAAGACCAAAGAGGGAUGACCCCGUUCCCAUGCUUCCAGAUGACUUAAGUGACGUCCUUGAAAAUGCAACGGAGGAACAGCUCCUGGAGUUAGCAGGUGUUUUGGGAAUACACUCGAUGUUGACAUCUGAACAGAGUCACCAGGCUGAGAGGGAGGCUUCUGAUAGAUUUCUUAAGGGUAGCGGCUUGAAAAAAUACACCCCAGGUAUUGUAAAGGGAACCAAACUGAAGAAAACAGAUCUUACUGCCAUCAAUGAACUAGACCUGGAAAAAGCAAUGAAGAAGCUGAAGAAUGGAGAUAGCAGCCUUACCCGGCUUAACCUCAACAACCACAAAGACGUCACCCCAGAGAUAUUAGAAGAGGUGGCCGCUGAGAUGAAGAAGUCCACCACCCUGAAGCACUUAGAGAUGGCCAAUACGCAGAUGACAGACCGAAUUGGACGGCUGUUUGCUGAUGCCCUUAAGAAAAAUAAAACCCUGCGAUCACUCAACAUGGAAUCAAACUUCUUGUCAGGAGAAGUCCUUUUGGAGGUUGUUAAAGCUAUUGCUGAUAACACAACAUUAAAAGAACUUCGCUUGGACAACCAGGUUUCAAUAAUCGGAGCUAAGAUGGAACAGCUGAUUGUCAAAGCCAUGGAGGAAAACAAGACUUUGCAGAAAUUCAGCUUAAGCUUUGACACACAGUACCCCAGGAUUCGCGCUGCGGAAAUCAUGGUCCGGAAUAAUGACUCAAUUCGAUUGGAAAGAAAUGAAGGGAAAGAAGCAGAGGCUGAGGACGAAGAAGUUGAAGAGGAAGAGGACGAAGAAGAAGAGGACGAAGAGGAAGAGGAGGAAGAGGAGGAGGAAGAAGAAGAAGAGGAUGCUGAUAAAUAAACAAAUAGCAAAGGGAACAAGAUUGUUAAUUAGGUAAUAAAAUUAAGAAGAUGCGCAUUUUAUUUGUCCAUAAAACGAGCCGACUCCCUUGAUGAAAAUUAAUGAAAAGAAUCUCAAUGUGAAGCCAAGAAGUACGUGGUUGCCAUUCAAUCACUUUUGCAGUGUAAAUCCCUUUAUUGUUUUCUUAAUGAAACCACCAAUGACAUUCUUUGUACAUUGUAGGGUAAUGCCUCCAUAUUUGGCAGGAGUAUAAGGACAAACAAUCAAAAUUGCUCUUCUUCAGCCUGUGUAUAACCUUUCUUUGAAAGCACCUCAAAGCCCAAAGCAUAAACUGCCUUUCCCAUAAGAAUUCUACAUAAGAAGAUUUUGCUUAUCACAUGAAAAUGAAGGGUAGAUGUGGACUUAAGACGUAAGAUGUUAUAUGUCCAGGUAUUGUUUAUAUAAUACUUCCUCAGAAGCUUCAGUUUUACCUGAGACAUUUACAUUUAUAACAUUUAAUAUUAUAUAUUUUUAGCAGAUAAUUUUUUUGUUAAGAUAAUACUAAUUUUGUUAACCUAUCUAUUCUAUUAACUUUUAAUUUUUACGUUUGUCAACCUAGAGCAUCGCUUUGCUAGAAAAUGAGCAUAGAGCAUUUAUGUUCUGUUUACUGUAUAUGUUCUGUUUACUGCCCCUGUAGUGAAGUUUACUGUGCUUUACUAGUGGUUCAUGUGCAAAUAAAUACAAAGGAAAAAAAAAA